AACCUGCAUAAGGCGUCACGCCUUUUUGCUGCAGUGCCCGGCAUCUCGGUAUCCAUCUACGGGUCCCGUGCCUGGCUUGAGUAAUAAGGGUCCCAUCUCGUCCUGCAAGAUAUGCCUUACGGCUGGGGCUAACAUAGCAAGGGGUUGUUUGUAUGGACGUGAGUCUCUUGAGGCUCCAGUAUGCCUAUGUGAAGUUUCAACCUCUUUGCGCAGAUGGGUUGAAAACGUGAAGUAUAAGAAGAACGUCCUUGUUCCUAAGGACAGUAUUUCACAAUUCCAUCUUCACUCACAUCUUUGCAUAACAGCUUACUAUCACUAUCCCUAUAACAACAAUUGCAAUCUUCUGCGAUAACACUUGAGACAAAGAAACAAACCCGAAAGUCGUGAAUAUGGCUAGCUACUACAACACUACCUCCUCUUACGCUAGCCCUCCGGCUUUCAAGAGAUCUCGAAGCAUCAAGAGCGACCAUGAGAUCGAUCUCAAUGGACCCAUUGAAGUUGUUGGGUCCGUCAAGUCUGGAAGCAGCAUCAGCUUGAACGGCGAUGUAAUCGUUCGAGAGAAGGUUGACGCCUAUGGAAGCCUUGGUCUGAAUGGAAGCAUCAGAUGCGAUGGCAAGGUCAAGGCCUACGGAAACAUCUUGGUGAACGGAUACACUGUUGCCAACGACAAGAUCAAGGGCUGUGGAAAGCUCCGAGUCGUGGGAACACUUGAGGCCACAGACUUGGAGAUUUACGGAAACGUGAGCGUCACAGGGCUAUUGAAAUGCCGACGCCUUGUUGUCUACGGAACUUUGACAUUGAUCGGAAGCGACUCAAGCUACUAUGUCGAAGAGUCUGAGCAAGUGGCCGGAGCUGUCAUGAUGAGGGAGACCGAGCCUGACUGGGACUGGUAACUGAGUAUUAUGAUGUGAUGGAAUAAUGAAUGGGGGGUUACUUGCAUGGCCAGGAGGCUAUGACUGGGACGUUUUGUAUCAUGAGAUUGGGAAUUGUGUUUUCGGUUUGCUUUGGGACUGUACUUGAGUCAUUGUGCUUGGCGUUUAGGUAGAUCAUCAUGGAUUCAGUUCUAUCUUAGAGUGGGAAAUCUUUCACAAGAAGAUUGUAACAGAAGAUAUUUAGAUUGGAAUAUACAGUUACAAGGGGACAA